CAGAGACAGAGAGGCCGGAAGUGCUCUUCAUCUAGCCGCGCGGCUUUUGGGUGGCGACGCUGAGGCGGCGUGAGUCGGGUUCGCUGGCUUCUGGGCGCUGCUGCUGCGGUAGCAGGUCCUCGUGAGGGGUUCGGGGGUUCUGGGCGGGCACAAUGGCGUCUCGGGCAGGCCCGCGAGCGGCCGGCACCGACGGCAGCGACUUUGAGCACCGGGAGCGCGUCGCCAUGCACUACCAGAUGAGGCUGUUUUAUUCAAAUUUGUAUCCCAGUGUCCAGUACAGUUUCCUGGCAUAUAGUUGGUGGUGAGAAAAAUUUGAAAGGUACUUCUCCCUCUGCUCUGCCCCACAGUGUGACCCUCAAGUAUGAAAUCAAGAAGCUGAUCUACGUACAUCUGGUCAUAUGGCUGCUGCUGGUUGCAAAGAUGAGCGUGGGACACCUGAGGCUCUUGUCACAUGAUCAGGUGGCCAUGCCCUAUCAGUGGGAAUACCCGUAUUUGCUGAGCAUUUUGCCCUCUCUUUUGGGCCUUCUCUCUUUUCCUCGCAACAACAUUAGCUACUUGGUGCUCUCCAUGAUCAGCAUGGGGCUCUUUUCCAUCGCUCCUCUCAUUUAUGGCAGCAUGGAGAUGUUCCCUGCUGCACAGCAGCUCUACCGCCAUGGCAAGGCCUACCGUUUCCUCUUUGGUUUUUCUGCUGUUUCCAUCAUGUACCUGGUGUUGGUGUUGGCAGUCCAAGUGCAUGCCUGGCAGUUGUACUACAGCAAGAAGCUCCUAGACUCUUGGUUCACCAGCACACAGGAGAAGAAGCGUAAAUGAAGCCCAAUGGACUGCUCUUAGGGGUGAAGCCUGGACCUCUCAUUGAACGAAGGGACAGGAAUAGAGCGGUUCUAAAAUCCCUUCUGGUGAUUUUAGCAGCUGUGAUGUUGGUACCUGGUGCAGACCAGGCCAAAGUUCUGGAAAGCUGUUGCAAUCUGCUGAGGUGGCAAAACUGUAAUUUAUUCCUGGUUGGGUAGAACUGGGUGACCAACAGCUAUGAAACAAACUUCAGUUGUUUGAAGUUGGGGCGUUUUGAGGUUUUUCUUUUAAGAAUGAGCUUCAUCCUUGCUUCCUCUCAGUCAUUCUCCCCAUUUCCAGCCAUUACCCCUUAGCCACCAAGAGUGAAGGAAAUAGGGAAUAAAUCAAAUUCUUCAUCUGUAGGUCAUGGUCAGGAAGCGUUUGGGAAGCUGUUCCUCCUCCAGGCUGUGGUCUCUUCUGCAAACCAUUUUAAUUAAAAAUCUCAAUAAAAAUGGCCCUGUCCCCACUGUGCCUUGUGUUUGGUGCUUGAUAGAGUAUGAAA